AUGGGUGGUGUUGUUCUUAAAUGCCCCAAUUUUCAUUGCAAAGCUGUCUCAAAGUUUCCAACACAAGAGCACCUUGAUGUACGUCAACAAAAUGGUUUGCUAUCUAUCAACUCGCAGAAUGACAUCAUGGAGGAUGAACUCGACACAGAUCUGAAGAUUUUGUGUUUGAGCGAGGAGGUCAAGGGGUUUGCUGAGAGAAUCAAAGGGAUAUUGAAUGCAAUUGAUGAUGGAGAGAUAAAUGCGGUGGCUUACGAUACAGCUUGGGUUGCACUCGUCCAAGAUGUUAAUGGAAGUGGUCGCCCUCAGUUCCCGUCAAGUUUGGAGUGGAUUGUAAACAACCAACUCUCUGACGGAUCCUGGGGCGACCGUUUUAUCUUUUUGGCUCAUGAUCGCAUCAUUAAUACAUUAGCAUGUGUGAUCGCGCUAACUUUUUGGAACUUUCAUCCCGCAAAAUGCCAAAAAGGAGUGGAAUUUCUGAAAGAGAACAUAAGCAAACUUGAAACUGAGAACGAAGAACAUAUGACGUGCGGUUUUGAAGUUGUGUUUCCUUCACUUAUCGACAUUGCAAAGAAGCUCAACAUCGAAGUCUCAGAAGAUUCUCAGGUCUUGAAAGAAAUCUACGCAAGACGGAACCUGAAGCUCGCAAAGAUACCGAAGAACAUAAUGCACAAAGUUCCGACAUCUUUACUUUUUAGCUUGGAAGGAAUACCAGAUUUGGAGUGGGAAAAACUUGUAAAACUUCAGUGCAAAGAUGGGUCAUUCCUCUUAUCGCCAUCAUCCACUGCUUUUGCAUUCAUGCAAACUAAUGAUGAGAAUUGUCUUCAAUAUCUCACAAAUGUUGUUACCAAAUUCAAUGGUGGAGUUCCGRAUUUCUACCCGSUGGAUCUUUWUGAACGUAUUUGGGUCGUUGAUCGCCUCCAACGUCUUGGGAUUUCUCGYUAUUUCAAGUCAGAGAUCGAGGGUUGUGUUGAAUACGUCUACAAGURUUGGACUAAGGAUGGGAUCAGUUGGUCGAARAACUCGAAUGUACAAGAUAUUGAUGACACUUCGAUGGGAUUUAGGAUUUUGCGAAUGCAUGGUUACGAUAUUUCUGCAGAUGUGUUUCGACAAUUUGAAAAAGAUGGCAAAUUUGUGUGUUUUGUCGGGGAAACAACAGACUCCGUCACCGUAACGUUCAAUUUAUUACGCGCGUCGCAAGUGCUCUUUCCCGGAGAGAAAAUCCUUGACGAAGCCAUGAAGUUUUCUUAUAAAUAUUUGAAGGAGAAACAAUCAUCGAACGAGCUCCUUGAUAAAUGGAUCGUCGCCAAGGACUUGCCUGGUGAGGUGGGAUACGCGCUAGACAUACCAUGGUAUGUGAGUUUGCCUCGACUCGAGACAAGAUGCUACUUGGAGCAAUACGGAGGCGAAGACGAAGCGUGGAUCUCAAAAGCCGUAUACCGGCUGGGAAAUAUUAGCAAUAACACAUACCUCGAAAUGGCUAAAUUGGAUUACAACCACUGUAUGGUCAGGCAUCAGCUCGAGUGGAACAGUAUGCAGCAAUGGUAUGUGGAUUUCAAUAUCGAACGGUUUGGGAUGAGCAAUAUCACAAGUCUUUUGGUCGCAUACUACCUGGCUGCAGCCAGCGUAUUCGAGCCAGAAAGGUCCAACGAGCGAAUCCACAUAAUGCAAGAACUAGUGCAACUCGUAUUCAGCAACUCACCUGAUGAUCUUGAUCAAGAUUUGAAGCAGACGUUCCUAACUGUGGCUAAAACUUUCUAUUACAGGACCUAUUUCGAUCCCGAGACGAUAAACGUUCAUAUCUCCAAAGUACUGUUUGAGCAUGUAAUCUAA